UCCGGGUUUUCGUUCGAUAGAACAUAAAUCGAUUGAAAUUUCUCUAGGCCUAUGUCUUCUUUUUUAAAGUCCUAUGUUGGACCCCCAGGGAAAUUUAGACGUUGGUUUCAAACCAUCGAAGAAAAUGAAAAAGCGUCGAGAACUUGACGCUUUAGUUGGAAGUGGUAAAACUCGUCGUAAGACGAAAAAUGGACACGAACUUUUGCGCACUGAAUCUGAUUCCUCUGAAGUGGAUGAAUUUUUAAUAACAGAUCGGAAGAAUUUAAUGAGACAGGGCCGAGUGUCAUGCUGUUCCACCUGUUUGUCUGUGUUUGGAUUUUUUAUGGUUGUAACAUGUUUCAUAUUUACCGGUGCAUUGUUGUACAUGCAUUUUCAAAUGAAAGAAAGUGUUGAAAAAAUCAGGGAGGAGAUCAAUACAGUGAAAGGACAUAGUCUACAAACCACUAUGGAGGACUUACAACAACAAAUUCAGAAUGAUAUAAAAAAGGCACUAGUCAACAUCACCAAAAGCCCUCAAGAAAUAGAAGCCAUUAAACAGCGCAUGAUCACACUCACUAGUAAAAUGGACACAUUGAGCACAGCUGUUGCAGCAGUUGGAAAUAGUCAACCAGGCAGUAAACAGAUAGUAAAUGAAGUUAAUACACUUACCACACAAGUUCCAGUCAUAUCAAAAACUGUUGCUAAUUUAGGAGUUGAUGUCAAGACGAUGAAGUCAACAGUGGAUGACUUGAUAAACUUCAAGAAAAAUGUUGAAAAAGAGUUAGCAGAAAUAAAACUUCACGAGGAGCCUGCUAGUGGUGGGCAGGAAUCUGGUGGCAGAGAGUCGUCACAUGUUGACCUUAAUACAGAUAUAUCAUCUAAAAUACAAAAACUAGGAGAUAUGAUUCAGAUAGUCAAUAACUCUUUAUGGUCUGAGCUGCCUAAAAUUCAGUCCAAGCUGUCAAGUCAUGAGGUCUACUUACUAGCACUACAGAACAUCACUGCUAAAUUACAGAAAGAUUUAACUUCCUUGACUGGAGACCAUUCAUCCAUAAUGAAGGACCACAAGGACAUGGGUGAUGGUCCAAGGGAAGGAACUGAGCAGACAAAGGUUCUCAUACACCAAGUGAUAGAGGACAUGGGUCUAGCCAAUCGGACAAGUCCCUCUAAGUCCUUGGAUGACUUAUCACUGAAGAUAGAUGACAUUACGGCUAGUGUUGGUACACUGAAGAGUCAGUUCAAAUUGAUGAAAGAGUCCCAAAAUGGCUUUGGUUUGACAGAUGCUGAUUCUAUUAAAACAAGUUUACAGGCUCUGAACCAGUCUGUUGAAGUUCUGAAGACUGACCUCCACACAUUAAUGAGUAAGGUAACCAAGCAGUCCAAUGCAGUGACUAAACUCACCAAGACAGUAGAGGUUUUACAACAUUUCUCUGCCUCACUGGACAAAGACCACAGAGAUAUGCUUAAAGGCCAGAUGACAACAACUAUUCCAGCUAAUCAUGAAAUAAAAACAACAGCUACUUCCAGUGCAAAACUGCAACCAGAAGCAGUGACAACUAAAAAAUUACCCAUUUCAACUACUGUAGCUCCAAAUCCUGAUGAAAAAAAAUCAGAGGGUUUGGGAAAUAAGUCUCCACAGGCAAUAACAGAUGGACAAGUUACAGUUACAUUGCCAGUAAAUGAGAUAGUGCUUAGUGGAGUUAACAGCACUGAUGAUAAAAAUAUCAUGCUAUAUCACUGGGAACAAAUUAGUGGGCCAACAUCCUUAAAAAUUACCCAACAAGAUGAGGCUAUAACCACAGCGACUGGCCACAUUGUUGCUGGGCAAUAUGUGUUUGAACUUCAAGUUUGGGAUGAGGAGAACCUCACCAGCAAAGCACAGUUGACUGUAGAUGUCAAAGACAAGGAUUCAGGAGGAGAUUCUGACAAAUCUACCACCAGGAGUGUAUCUUCAAUCCCCCCAGCACCAUUACAUAAGUUUAUUGAUAUGACCCUUGUGAAAACAUACGAUGACUUAGACUUAGGUGUUCGUCGCUGGGACAAAAAUGGAGAUGGACUUGUUGAUGCAGAUGAUCUUAAAGAUUACAUGCCUGAUCCCCCCUUACCACAACAGCUUGAGAAAUUUGACUUUAAUCAUGAUGGACUGUACAGUAUAGAUGAACUGGCUGUAGCCCUUGGGUUUCAGCCCUGGCCUAAAGAUCAGCCCCAACCUGUAGAUAAUGGAGAAAAACACUAGAGAAUGUGUAGUGAUCAGUAAGAAUGUUUAACAUUCCUACAAGAUAUUCCAGGUCUCUUGAACAAAAAGAGUUUGUGCCAUGUUGUAGAGUGGGCAUCAAGAAUUAGUGGUUAUCUGUGAUAAUUUUGUUUUAAUUUUAAACAUGUUACAUCAUGUUUCAUCAUUUUGCUUUGAAUUUUUGCUAGUGUGAUUGAAAGGACUGGGUAAAAAUAAAAUAAUAUAGGCCUUUAGGAAAAGGGGGGAGCAAUAAUUUUGCCAGUGUAUAGUUUACUAUUAAUUGAAAAUGAGGCUAAUUUACAGUUGUAUCCCCUCAGUAAUUUCACUAGUAUGUACAAAUACAUUAAAAAAAACAAUGCUUAUUUAUUUGUGGGCCUCUUGAAGAACAUCUGAUGCCCCUCUUUUUUGCUUUUUAAGAAUUUUAUGUUAGGUUGUGCCCCCUGAAACUGAAAUAGCUUCCUACUGCCUUUAAUGAGAGAGUGUUAUAGUUUUGUUUAGUAGUAAAUAUUAGAGUUAAAAAAAAAGAAAUUAAAAAAAAAACCUCAUCAGUUUGAAUUCAGUGUUGAUUUUUCUUACAAUCAUGAAUACUGUAAAUCAACUAUAAUUCGCAACAAUUUUAUUUGUGAUUUAUCAGUUUGAAAUCCAUCCACCGCUAAAGUUUUGUGACUGAGUAAGAAACAUUGUACAUAAAUGGUUCAUGGCAAUAAAUUAUUCAUAAGUAAAAGAAUUUAGGAAAACUCUCUAAUAUUUCUCUCUUGCAAAUAUAACUCUUGGAUAUUUCUCAUUUGCAUAUACAAGUUGGAUUACAAUAUUUGUAGAUUAUUAUAUCAGGCAGUAUAUGGCUUAAUACUUACAUUUUCUAAACAUUUUUGUUUUCAUGAGUUUAUAGGAUGCACAGUCACCUGAAACCAUGUCUUGUUUUAUUUCAUUUCUGCUUGACUUUGUUUUGAAAGAAGGAAGUUUUAAUUCAUUUUCCACUAUUAUUUACCUAUUUUUUGAACACUGAAAUGUAUACUGAACAUUUACAUGUAAAUAUUAUUUCAUAAACAUUGAUUAACUGCAACCUAAUAGACCUGUGAUUCUGUUGUGCCAAUGUUCACUCAUACUGUGUUUUAAUAUAUCUAUUAUCCAUGCAAAAAAAAAAAAAUGUACACCCAUGAGGUUCUUGAUGUUCUCUGUGUUGUGGAUUCAUAUGUUCCAGAGCAAAACAAAAAAAAAAGAUCUUAAGUGCUAGGAUAAAUUUUUGUACUUAGAUCAGGUUUCUGAAUAUAUAAGAUUAAUAUGAAGACUUUUGUUGUUCAGGUAGAAAAUCAUUGUAAAUCAUCAUUAUACAUGUCAUCUUUUUUUAUGCACUAGGGAAUUACUUGUAGACUUUUAAAAGCAUAAAACAUGUAUUAAAGCACAUUUGCACUAAGAUUACUGUUUCAUUCUCACAUGUCAUUUUUUUUGUGUACAUCAUUACUCAAUAGAAUGCAAUGCAAAGCGAUAUGUCUGAAAAAUUGUUAGGAAUAGAGUUUUCGGGAUUUUCAGAAGAUAUCGUUACAAAUGAACUAUUUAUUUAUUCUUAUGUAAUAGAAUAGAAUUAUUGUAUUGUAGUGUAAGAUUUGUGUUUUAGAUAUUACAUUGUAUACUUAUGUUUCUGUAUACUUUUUGAAAGAAACAGUACAUGUACUUUGCUUUCAAAAGCUCUAGCUCCAGCUUAAAAUGCCCGUUUCUAGUUUGGGGGACAUUUCCCCUGCCAAAUUAAUCGUGGAUGUCUAGUCCUUUCCAUUCUAAUUCAUUUUUGUAAUCCUAUAAAUAUUGACAUCUCAUCAUUAUACUUCAAAGUUGUUAUUCACCAAGACAAAAUUCCAUUUGUUGCUAUGAGAAUUUGUCACUUUAUACUUAAUAUAUUUACAUUGAGAAUAUGAAACUGUAAUGAAUGAAAACCUUGUAAUGUUUGAAAAAGGCUAAACGAAAAUUAUAUGUUUUGUUUUUGUUUAUAAAGAUGUUGACUGGAUCAUUGUUCUAUAUAUUGAGUAAAUUCUGAAUGUAUGUUA